CUGUCGACUCUGUGGGCCCGUGACAAGCACCGAGGGACCGAGAGAAAGGCGAGGUCUGGAAAGGCCGCCCAGCGCGGGCAGGGAGGCCAGCCGCCGCAGCACGGGGGCACUCACUCCGGCUGACUCGGGCUGGCACUGUUGGCUAGGGAUGUCGUCCUGGACGAGGUGGCAUGGGCUCGCCAUGGCGCGGCUCUGGGGCUUCUGCUGGCUGAUUGUGGGCUGCUGGAGGGCCGCGCUUGCCUGCCCCACGUCCUGCAAAUGCAGUGCUUCCCGGAUCCGGUGCAGCGACCCUUCUCCUGGCAUCGUGGCAUUUCCGAGGUUGGAGCCUAACAGUGCAGACCCCGAGAACAUCACCGAAAUUUACAUUGCAAAUCAGAAAAGGUUAGAAAUCAUCAACGAAGAUGAUGUUGAAGCUUACGUGGGACUGAAAAAUCUGACAAUUGUGGAUUCUGGAUUAAAAUUUGUGGCUCAUAAAGCAUUUCUGAAAAAUGGCAACCUGCAGCAUAUCAAUUUUACCCGAAAUAAACUGACAAGUUUGUCUAGGAAACAUUUUCGUCACCUUGAAUUGUCUGAGCUGAUUCUGGUGGGCAAUCCCUUUACGUGCUCCUGCGACAUUAUGUGGAUCAAGACUCUCCAGGAGACUAAAUUCAGUCCAGAGACUCAGGAUUUGUACUGCCUAAGUGAAAGCAGCAAGAAUAUUCCCCUGGCAAACCUGCAGAUACCCAAUUGUGGUUUGCCAUCAGCAAACUUAGCUGCGCCUAACCUCACUGUGGAGGAAGGAAAGUCUAUCGUGCUAUCUUGUAGCGUUGCAGGCGAUCCUGUUCCCAAUCUGUACUGGGAUGUUGGUAAUCUGGUUUCCAAACAUAUGAAUGAAACGAGCCACACACAGGGCUCCUUAAGGAUAACUAACAUUUCAUCUGAUGACAGUGGAAAACAAAUCUCUUGUGUGGCAGAAAAUAUUGUAGGAGAAGAUCAAGAUUCUGUCAACCUCACUGUGCAUUUUGCACCAACUAUCACAUUUCUCGAAUCUCCAACCUCAGACCACCACUGGUGCAUUCCAUUCACUGUGAAAGGCAACCCCAAACCAGCGCUUCAGUGGUUCUAUAAUGGGGCAAUCUUGAAUGAGUCCAAAUACAUCUGUACUAAAAUACAUGUCACUAAUCAUACGGAGUACCACGGCUGCCUCCAGCUGGAUAAUCCCACGCACAUGAACAAUGGGGACUACAUUUUAAUAGCCAAGAAUGAGUAUGGGAAGGAUGAGAAACAGAUUUAUGCUCACUUCAUGGGCUGGCCUGGAGAUGGUGCAAACCCUGAUGUCAUUUAUGAAGAUUAUGGAACAGCAGCGAAUGACAUUGGGGACACCACAAACAGAAGUAAUGACAUCCCUCCCACAGAUAUGGCUGACCAAUCGGGCCGGGAACAUCUCUCGGUCUAUGCAGUGGUGGUGAUUGCAUCUGUAGUGGGAUUUUGUCUGCUGGUAAUGCUCUUUCUGCUUAAGUUGGCAAGACACUCCAAGUUUGGCAUGAAAGGCCCAGCUUCAGUUAUCAGUAAUGAUGAUGAUUCUGCAAGCCCACUCCACCACAUCUCCAAUGGGAGUAACACCCCAUCUUCUUCAGAGGGCGGCCCGGAUGCUGUCAUUAUUGGAAUGACCAAGAUCCCUGUCAUUGAAAAUCCCCAGUACUUUGGCAUCACCAACAGUCAGCUCAAGCCAGACACAUGGCCCAGAGGUUCCCCCAAGACCGCCUGAUAAUAAUUUGGUAUUUGGAGGCUCCUGUGUCACUGCAGGAAUUAAAGGAGGCUAAAUCCAUGCCUGAUGGAGGAGAAGAGUUCUAUGGUUUUCUGCAAAUUCUGGCCAGACAACAUCUUGACGUCAUUCCUUAGCUUCCAUAACCUAGCCAAGCAAGAAGUUGCCUUCCAAAGACAAAGCAGUGUGCUCUAAUGACUAACCCCUCAAAGCGCUAUGCCAUUUUAACUAUAGACCCAUCUCCUCGAUCAAUCAGGAUGGCAAGCUGGAGCUGAUGAGCUCAGCAACAUCAAGUCUGGAGUUGGUCUUUAAUUCAACUAGUCUGUUUAGCCAAGUCUGAAAAUCACAUCAUCUGAGAGCACGGGGUGGUUUCCUAGUAGGAUUUGCAAACUUGGUUCAAGGGCCGUGUGCUGCUAUCCUCUCCUUGACUGUCGAGAAAAUUUUUGACAGGGUACAGUGGAAACACACCUUCUGAGCUGAAAAAAAAAAAGAAAGAAAGAAAGAAAGAAAGAAGGAAAGAAAAGCAAAACCCCCAAAACAUCAAUCUUGGGUUCUCUUGAAGGGUGGGAAUGCGUUACAUCUUCCCCUGCAGGGAAAGUGGGUGCCAUAGACUUACUGUCUCCUCUAAAGUUGUGUCUUUCCUAGAGAAGCCUUGUAAAUUAGCUAGGGACCUAGGCCUAGAGUCUAGGUCAAAUUAGAAUUGGCUCUAAAUAUGUACCUGUGUGUGUUGUUUUGUCCUUGGACAGCAUGCCCGCCGUGUAACCUAGGGCCAGGAACUCCUGUGGCAGAUGCUUAUAAAGAAGUCUGACUUCUUCCUUCUUCAAUCCCAUUUCCAAUGAAAUGGGUAUUUAUUGAAUUCUCCCAGAGUGUGCCAUACUUCUCCAAGUAUUAGAGUUCACGUGUGUGUGUAUGUGUUUUCCCAUUAGUCACAUGCUUAUUAGGCAUUUUAAAGAUCAGCACAGACUCCUAGACCAGCUAGGACUAAGGAAAUAAGAUGUUAUAAAGGCAAGAAGUGUCUUACCAGUAGUUGAACAUAUCACACAGGGCACAGACGUCUGCAUUGCCAUUGUCAUCAACGAAGGGAGGGAAUGGAGAUGAUCUUUUUCAAGCAACUGCAGAAGCUUUUGAACGUAUUCACAAUGUAACUUUGAGUACACAUGAGCAAAAAUUCUGAAUUACAUCCAGGACCCCAGGAACACGUUUUAACGGAUCAAAAGAUGGAGGCUCUGAAAGUUAGCUGAGGUUAUCUUCAAACUUGAGGGCAAUUGUGUGACGAUGGUCCAUUUUGAUGAUCAGGGAUAGGAUUUAAAAACAAACAGCAAGGAUUGUUUUAGCACUUUCUUUGCUGAUUAAUUUUGCCUUUCAAAAUUAUAUUUUCUUCCAUGUAUUUAAUUGGCCAAGUAAAAGCUGCUUUGGGAACUGUUUGUGUGCCUUUGAAGGCCAUGGCCUGCAUUUUAAAAAUAAGCCAACUCCAUUCUGCCUAGCUUGAGCGUUAGGACAGGGAGAAUGCAGCUAUUUUAGGAUCCUUAGAAAUUGCUUCGUUUCCCACACACUGGGUUGGCAACUCAUCCCACGAGGGUCUUCAUGGCACAUUGUUGCAUUUUGUAUGUCCCAGUCUGAUUCUUUUCCCCUCUUGAUGCCCUAGUCCCCCAUUGCUAGUAAAAACAAUUUGACAUUAUAUUCCCUUUCAUCUCCAAAGGAGAGAGUAAGAAACUAUCAAAUGAUGCUUAAAAAGUAACUCAAGUUCCUUAGAAGAAAGGGAACAAACACAUGCUGCAUUAUUAAUUGAAAUAAUCGAGAUGAGAAUCUGUUAGCAAAUCAUUUCAGACACAGUCACAGUAAGUAAAAUGAGAGAUCUUUUUAAUUCACAUUUGACCACUGGGUGAUACUACUUGUUAUCAAAAUAGAAAUACCACCUGUUUAUAGGACAUAUUGAAUACUGGGGAUACACUGAAUACUCCCAUCCUACGUUUGACAGCUGAGAGGGGAAAAUGGCUAUGGAUCUGGGUGGGGGGAACCAUUCAUAGUGACAUUCUGAAAACAAUUUUUACUUCCACAUCAUCAGCCAGCCGAGGUGGAAUGAGGCAUCCUGCAAGCAUCUGACAUCUCAGUACACUUCCCCCAAGUCAACAAGUUGGCCACCUUCCAGCAGAUGCAGGUUCCUGAUGCAUUUGUUCUGGGCAUUUCCCAAGGCCCGGGUGAACUGGAGAGCGUGUACCAGCAGGAUUGAUCUAAUUCCAUGGCACCUCUACUUUGAUUUUGGAUUGAAUGCUCUUGUGUGUGCUGGCAAAUUGUGGACCAGGGUCAGCUCAGCAAACACGGAUGCAGAAGAGCCUCUUAGGCUCUACCAGAUGCUUUGAACUAUUGAGUACUCUCUAUGGUUAAGUAGAGAUGGCAUGGUUGGAGUUUUUCUUGGAUGUGUUGCUCAAUCCUUUAUGGUAGCUAUUAUAACAAAGUGCAGGUUUUCUCCCUGUGAAAUGCAGAUUUUCUCUGCCUUUCCUAAUUCUGCCAGCCCAGGAGGGUAACCCACCAUGGUUGGGUAACUUCUCAGAUUACUCAUCAUGUCAACUCUCCUUAGUGAUGGGCACAAUAAUGCUGUCCUUUAUGCUCAUUGGGUGUUGUAGUGGUAUUUUGUUUUGGUUUUCUUUCCCUUCAUAGUUCUUAAUUCUUUGGAAAGGCAUGUUAAAAAAAUUGCUCUAAACCAUGGACUAUGAAAAACUGGGGAGAGAGCGAUUACUUAAUUCAAUCUGGUAGUGAAGCAAGAAGGUAAUCACAUGCUGGAGGGUUAGCCCCAAAAAGGAGGGUGAAUGAGACAGCAUCCCAGAGGAAACCUGAAUGAUGUCCCCCUACUCCCAUUUGGGUUUGCUUCCUUUUGGUGAGAGAAUGCUGAGUGUUUCUGCUGGUGUACACCUGGCUUCCCUCAUUGAGGGGAAAAUUAAAAGGCAGUCCAGGGGACUCAAAGGAAAAAGGAUCCAUAUUAGGAUCACCAACCAUGCUGGUUUGCCCAGCAUUGAGGAAGGUCCUAGGAUGCAGAACUUCCAGUUUUAAAACCAUUACGGUCCUAGACAAACCACAGUGAUCUGGUCACCCUAGUAGUACAGGCCUAAUGAUUUUUGCUUGCAAGAAAAAAUGAAGUCUUAAUUCCCCCAAAUGCCUUCUGGUGCCCUAAAAUGAGAUAUUUUUAAAAUAAAAAUAAAUAACCUAGGUUAUAGUAGAAAGUUUGGAAAACAUAAAAGACAAAGAUGAAAUAAAAAAUCACCUGUAACUCUGAUAGUUAGAGAUAACUGCUGAAGAUAUCAUUUGCACAUGUGGCUUUCUGGUCUUGUGAAUGUCCCUUUAAUCUCGUGUGAUGUAAAAUCUAACUGUGUCCUUGCUUUUAUUUACACUGGGCUUUGUUCAUAUUUCUAUAGUAAUGGUUCAUCGUUGGUGGAUUUUGCUGGAGUAUCCAUAGGAAGUACACUCAGUGUCUUAUUGCCAGUUCCUUAUUUCUCAUUUGUUGGUGGUGCACCGGAGGGUUGGCGAUGGUUGACAUUGUCAGGUGUGGACUGGAGGAUCCUAAACUCCAGGGGAGCUCAGCUGUCAUGUGGUAAAUAUCCUAGAGGAUAUGGGCCCAGGCUGGGGUUGGAAAGACUCAGAAAGUAAAAGUCUCCCUUUUACUGUCAAGGCAGGUUGGGAGCUCCAGGUUAGGAUCAACACUCUACAUGACUCCAAAUGUAGUUUUUUGCCCAACUUCAGCAGAUAAUCCCUUCUUUUCUCUCAGUUCUUCAAUAUAGCUAGCUAGUGCCCUUUAGGGAGCUGAGUGUUCUGGAUAUUAAAAGGCCAGGCUAGUUACAGCUAAUAUGAUUCCUGAUAUUUAGGGAUGCUUGUUCUCCCACCCCAGGAUUCCUGGGCUGUGCAAAGGACUUCUGAUGGACUGGAGUCUCCCUUUGGGUAUUUGGCCUUACCUAAACUUGGUGGAAUAAGCGGUCCAAAGACCAACAGAUUUUUCCAUCAUGAAAAGCUUCCUCUUUUGAUGUCUUAGGCACCCAGACAGACUGAGGUUCUGGCAAGGAGCCUCUAUCAAUACCAUGGCAUAAAAUAGUAUGUCACUGUUGGUAUUUUGCACAGUAAUAUUGUCAGAUUCUAAAUAUGAGCCAGAACGAAUAGAUUCCUGUAAUCUGUAAGAGAUUAUAUUUGUGUGAUUUUGAACCAAAGUGUGUGUGGGGGGAGUCCUAGAAACUAAACAAUUCUCUCAUGCCUAGUUUCUAUAUUAUUCUUAUCAGUUCCUGUAUGUUCUAUGAGUAUGGGUAGAGAUCAACAUUCUUUUCAUCCUGUUGCUAUUUUUCAGCAUGUUGAUUUAACUAUAUCAUUAACCUUUUGGGUGUGUUAAAGCACAACAGAAGCUCAUGAUUAGAUAAUCAUGGCAUUUAGACUGAGUUCCAUGUUCCUAAUUUUCCAAUAAAGUGGUUGGUAUAGAGGAGACAGGGUAAAAUCCUAAACUAUCAAUAUCAAAAGAACCAUCCUGCACUUGAGUGAAUGUCUUCGCUGAAGGGAAUUGCAUGGUAUGUCUUCUUAUAAAAUGAGCAGAGAUGUCACCACCGACCCAUCACCUGAGUUGUUUAUUGGAAUGGUGGAUGUUCAGAUCCAUUUCUACUUCCAUGCCCAAUGCUCACCCUUCACCCCAAAAUAAAGUUUGCUUUUGUAAGUCAGCUGGACUUUGGUUUGCUGCUAAGGAAACUAACUAAUUUAACCAGAAACAGAACUCAUAUUCUUACCUUCUAUUAAUCUAGUACUCUGGAUAGCUGAACUGACUGGUUUCACAUUCUUGCUAUCCUGGGUUUACUUUUUCUGAAUCAUAAAAAUAAAUUCCUUUUUCCAUCUUGCUCUGCCAUUCUCGCUCCUUUACUCUAUGUAUUGGGGUUCGGGAAUCAUGACACUAAUGAUUAUCUCAUUUCUUCCUAGUUCUAAUAAUGCCAUUUUCUGACAUCCACAGAAGCAAUUAUGAACGUGUAUAGUUGCUUGAGCCAUAUUUAGAGGAGGAUGGUUUCUCUUUCUGAAGUGUUAGAUGCUCUGUCAGAGGGAUACUUUUAGGGUUUUUCUUUCCCAGUUGAGAGCCUUUGUUUUAAGGUGAUGGUAAAAUUACUUGGUGUACAUGUAAGAUGUUAGUUUUCCUUAACCCUUGAGUAGACAUUUAUCAACAUUGGUUUGAAAGGUAAGACAUUCAUUUUGUUAGGAAGACAUUGGUGAUGGGGAGCUGCACCUUCAGUUCCUGGGAUCCUGAGCUUUGGGGAGUAAGGCAAUGGCCAAAUGGCAAUGAUAAUAAUAUGCCCACUCACUUUCUGAAUCACACUUCUCCACUGGGCUUCUGUAUGUUCUCUGCUCUGUCCUACAAAUUAUAUCCCAAGUUUUCAGUUAAAGUGGAUCUCAGCCAGAUGGGCUAACACACCAGCCCAACCCUUGGUGUUGAAAAUCUCAGUGCCCCUCUUAUUUCUGCUUGGGAAGUUCUGGGUGGUUCCUGACCUUUAUCUCACCUCCUGCCCCAGCAUGAGGAAGGACUCUAGGGUGUGGGAAGGCUUGGGGAAGGGGUGUGUUGAGUGGGAAUUCAUUCAGAUGGUCCCCACGUUUGGAGAGAGGGAACCUGUGUAGGUGGGUAUGGGUUGAUGUUUUCUAAGGAGACCCUUCUGCUGAUGGGCACAUUCCUAAGGUCACCCAGCUUCCCCACUAUGGGCAAAGAGCCUCUUUCUGCCUGGGCAUCCUGCCUGGUGCUUGGAGCACUGGUCUCGGCAGUUCAGCUCUCUCUUGUGGCAAGGGGCUCUGUUGAUUGCUAAAAUAUUGCUAGCCCUUACUCCCCUUUCAUUUGAUACAAUGGAGUGGAUCUAAAACAAGACUUGUAUUCCUUUCUAUGUUCAGUCACUUCGGGGAUUGUCUAUGCAUACAUACAUGUGAUCAGUCGGAGCUUGGGAUUCUUUAUUACAGAGACAUCUUCAGGAAAAUGAGUUCUAUUGUAUUGGAAUUUGUGAUGUAGUCGAUCAUUCAGAGCCAAAAGUGUAUACCAAUAAAAGUAAG